GAAUUCAUCAUCGCGUACAUUUGAGAAAAACUCACCAACCCAAAGCCUGCACCACACGGUGCAAAUUUGCCUGCAACAAGUGACACGCGUGUAAACGGCAUCAGGCAAUGUUGCAGCAUGUGUGGCCGGUUUUUGCUGCGAGACGGCCUGGCGUGGCAUCAUCUGUUAUUACGCCACCGUGGCGUCACCUGUUAUUACAAGAAGAACUCCGGCAUACCUCAAUGUGCAGAUCGAGGAUGUAACAAAUCGCCAAAAUGGCCGGCAACAGCACGAAUUUUUUGGUUCCGUGGAUUCAAAUCCUACUUCCACAACCUUGUUACAAUGAAGUUUUGGUGGAAUUCAACUUCUUUCAUGUUGCAUGCCUGAAAAUCUUCAUAAGCAAAUGUCUUGGCUUUGGGAUCAUUCUUGGAUCAAUUCUAGUAAAAUUACCACAAAUCAUAAAGAUUUUUGUGGCGAAGAGUGGACAAGGAAUUAGCAUGACAAGUGUUAUUCUGGAGUUGGUGGCAAUUUCAGGAAAUGCUGCAUACGGUUUUGCCCAAGGCUAUCCAUUCAGUUCCUAUGGUGAGGGUUUCUUCCUCAUUAUCCAGACGGCCACCAUAGGGUUCCUCGUCCUUGUGUUUAGUGACCAGCUAGGCCUAAGUCUUGUCUUCUCGGCGGUGAUAUCGGCUGUCAUGGCAUUUCUGUUGUCCCCCGCUGUACCCGUCAAGAUGCUGGCGCUCCUGCAAGCAGGCAAUGUGCCUGUUAUUGUCGUUAGUAAAUUAAUCCAGGCAUUCCAGAACUUCCAGCAAGGCAGCACUGGUCAGCUCUCGGCCAUAACUCUCAUGCUCCUCUUCCUCGGUGCGUUUGCAAGAAUCUUCACCUCGAUCCAGGAGACGGGUGACACACUAAUCAUCCUCACCUAUGUCGUGGCGACGACAUGUAAUGGUAUCUUAGUUGCUCAACUGUUAUACUACUGGGGAAAAACAGCCAAAACAAAAGCAGAGUAAUUCAUUAUACAGGGUGAUAGCUAAAGGGGUUAUGUGGACAGAGAAACCUGAAUCAAUAAAUAUUUUAAUGUCAAUUUUAUCAAAUGCCAAACAUUAUUUGUGAUAUUGCCACACAUUUUCCAAAGUUUUUACAUCAAACUUGUCAAAAGUUAGGUUGCUACCACAAUUCCUAAGAAAGGGAUCCAAAAAAUGUGACGUCAGUCAUGACCUAUUAAUUGAGCUCAAAUGAUGUUAUGUCGAGAAUGACGUCACAAUUUCAGUCUCCGUGGAGGUUGUCCAACAUGUACAGCGAAAUUUUUUGGUCAUUUGACGUCACACGAAUGUCAAGGUUCUUGUUCUUGGAACACAUACAAAAACCCUUAAAAAGCAUAAGUGGUGUUUUCAUUAUUGGCAAUACCCAAAAUUAAUCAGGAAAAACCAUGUCCAGAUAACCCUUAAAAGUUUUACCAUCAAAUGAAAAAGUAAGAAAUAUUUGCAAUAAAACUGUUACAGGAUUUCUGCCAGCACUAGCCACAGUACAAUUGGGGAAAAUACUACGAAAAUUACCAUAAAACAUUUAAAAAUUGACCUCUGUGACUAAGUGAAAAUUUAUUGUCAGCCUUAACAGUGUUCAUUAUUGUCCAUUUUACGCGCAGACAAUCUUUUGCUUGAUGCAGUUCUUUGACAAAAAUAAAAAGGACACUGGAAGAUGUUUAAAAUAAACAAGUGGAAAAUGUUGUCAAUAAGGUCAGCGAAAAAUGUUUGUCGCUGACAUUCUCGCUCCAACUGGGCAUCGAGGCUUAUCAAGGCGCGAGAUAGGGAUCUCUCAAAGCGCUAUGUAAUCGAACUGGGCAUAUGUAAUCGAACUGGGCAUAUAUAUCAAGCCACGAGAUAGGGAUUUCGUCAAGCGCUGUGCCAGUAAUCGAAUGCACUACCUGUCUGUUUACCACAGAGUGCCUCUUAUUCUGAAGUUGAAGUCAACAUCAUUACAAGUACAGUAGAACCUCUCUAUUAAGGACACCUUCUGGACUGACAUAUGGUGUCCUUAAUAGAGAGGUGUCCUCAUUAGAGAGGUCGAAUUCAAUGGAAACAACCAAUUUGGGACCGAAACUACUGUCCUUAAUAGAGAGGUUGUCCUUGAUAGUGAGGUGUCCGCUAAGGGAGGUUCCACUGUAUGUUCCUCUUCUGUACUGAUAUUUCAUGAAUAUUGCAUGGGCACAUCUUUUUUGGCCUUAUUUCUCACAAAUGUAAUUCUUGAAUAGAAGGAAAUGUGAUGUUUGCAGUGAGAUUAAUGUUGUGCCUGCCAGUUUGGGUGUCCAGUCGAAACGUCCUCCAGUCAAAUUGUCCCAAGUCAGCUGGGGUAAAAAUGUCCUCGCUUUUAUAAUUUGAAAAUGGUAUUUUGUCUGGAGGACAUUUGAUUGGUUACCCAAGAUAGAUCUUAAAAUGAGAUUACUUAUAAAACUGCUUGGUGCAGACUUAUCUUUUUUGACUAAUCAAACAUAUCAUUAUUCCAUGAAAAUGGUUUUAAAGUUGUCGAGUGUGAUACUUUCCACAACCUGUACAUGAAUGAUGCCAAUCAUUCAUACGCAUGAUUAGUUCACAGGGUUGUUUGUUGUCUCCAGCGUACAAAUAUUUUAAACUCUGAUACAAUGUUUUAAAAAUCUUGAAAUCUCGAUCUCGGAAAUGAUACUUGGUGAAGUCUAGUAUUUAUUUCCUUCAGGGUGUUCAAAAGAUGCAAUGUUAAGUUGAUCAUAAACGUUAAAUGAGAUUGAGAUUACGUAUUUUAAUGAGCAGGGCAUUUUUUUUCGCCACAUCCUGUGCUAAUGGUGCCAAAAAUGAGCUAUCAGUCAAACAGAAAGCGCGAACAUCAAUUUUAAAGAUUAUUUUUAACUUUGUUGGAAUUGCAAUAUUUCAUUUACCUGUUCUUCAUCUGUGGUUUCUGGUUUCUUGUAAAGAUUAUUUUCAACAAUGUUGGAAUUGCGAUAGUUCAUUUACCUGUUCUUCAUCUAUGGUUUCUGGUUUCUUGUGAAGAUUAAUUUCAACUAUGUUGGAAUUGCAACAUUUUAUUUACCUGUUCUUCAUCUGUGGUUAUUUGUUUCUUGUUUCCGACUGUAAAAACUGUGUUAUGGGUGUUAAAUUAUUCUUCUGUUUCAUCUAGGUAUAUUUUUGUGUCACUUGCAAUGGGUCACUCGUGAUUUAUCAUCUGAAUUGAGAGUAACUCGCCUAGAAUAACUGUAAAGGCCCGUCCUCCUCGGUCAGGUAUGGAAUCUAGAACUGCCAAUAUUUCAAAAAGCUUGAAGUUUGAUCCUUGACGUUUCUUCCAGGAUGACUAUUUUUGGCGAGUCCCUUAUCAUUUCAGGAUGGGUUUCGAGUAUUCUCAGUGAUACUUCAUCUAUUUCUUUGGUGAAACAGGGUUGUUUAUGGAGCUCUGACCGCUUGUGAUGUGUGUGACUUUACGCUCAUCAAAAGUACGGUAUAGGCUCCCUAUUAAGGACACCCUCGGGACUGACAAGUUGUGUCCUGAUUAGAGAGGACAAAUUGAAUGGAAACAGCCAAUUUUGGACCAAAACAUGUAUCCUUCAUAGAGAGGGUGUCCUUGAUAGAGAGGUGUCCACUAAGGGAGGUUCUACUCAUCGUUAUAGCUCCCUAUUAAGGACACCCUUGGUACUGAGAUAUUCUGAUGACGGAGUUCAACUUGAAUGAAAAUGACCAAUUUUUAGAGAGGUUCUGCUUACAAAGGUGUCCUGUAAGAGACGGCUGUUUGUUGAUGAAAAAAGCCACAGUUGUGAAAAUAGUUAUGUCUUGUAAAAAAAAAUAAUUCUUUGUUAUGCACAGUGUUGAAAAUAACAUGCAAAUGUAAUUUGAUUGUUAUGUUAAAGUAAUUAUAAUGAAUGCCAUAUUGUACAAUCUUGUCUGUAAUCCAUCUCUGAAUGCUUGUAUUU